AUGGUCUGGCAAUCAUUCUUUGCUGGGCUUGUCCUUGCAGGCUUUGGCAAUGCUGUUCCAAGCGACAUCGAAAAGAGAUCAAGCCUCAUCCUCCCAGCCCCCCCAUGGCGAGGCUCGGCCGUCCUCCCCCCCAGCGUCAUCUACGACACACCCACGGCAACGCCCUCUUGGGACGACGACGACGACGAUGAAUACUCUACCCCGAAGCCAGACCCAUACUCCGACGAGACAUGGUCUCCCUAUCCCCUCCCCACCGCCGCCGAGCCCUCAGCAACACCCCGUCCCUCCUAUUCAGCCAUUGUAUCUGUUCGCACCACGACGUGGGUAAUCUCCCGCUCGACGACAAUCACCAGUGUAAUCCUCGAAACGUACUACUCGACUCUGACGGACUAUGGCGGCUCGGCCGAGGGCGGCAGCGGGACGGUGACGGUGACGACGUCGGUGACAGAGACAGAGUCGGAGUCUGCUCCAUCGGGUUCGGAUCCGUGUGCGGCCGCAGCGUCGGGCAGUCCUUCGAAGUAUGCAAGUGAAUGCUCGGUGUCGGGAGGACCUGUGACGACGAUAACGUGGACGCCUGCUCUAACUGCGUAUUCCCUCCCGCCCUCGUCCGAAGACGAAGGACGCGCACCAGCCUCGACAUCGACAACUUCAUCAGCAGCACCCUCAACGACCACGGCAACGUCAACGUCCACAACCACGGCAACAGAGACAAACACCCAGUCCCCCACGGCAACAUCAACAGCAAACGAGAGCCCGCCCGUCGUGACAGGAGCAGCAGCCCCCCUCCACAACACAAACACUCGCGUUCUCGCAGCCGCAGCCGCGCUACUCGCCGUCCUGGCGUAA